AGAACCUGCUGCAUUAAGAUGAAGAUCAACAGGGGGACUGUUAUAAAGACAUCCAUUCCAUUCCACUGCCCCUCCGUCCCACUGGUCACUGGUCAGCUGUGUGGCGUCUGCUGUCCGCAUGCCGUCUGCCGCUUAGGAAAUAUUGCUUGUGACAACAUCGGCAAGGACAGGACAACUUUGAAGCAGUUCCAAGAGCGAGACAGAGCUGAACUACCUGGUUACAAAAAUAAGAGGACGACGACUUGAGCAUCCAUAAUGGCCAAACAGAUGUGGAUGUCAAGUUGGAAAGCUUUUGGAUGUACUAAGCCAAGAGUCCUUCAUCCAAUGACAGACAUCACAGAGGUGGCUGGGGACUGGCACGGGAGUGUGUCAAGGAGAGAGAGCCAAGCCCUGGAAGUGAAGGAGGCAAGGCACAAUAUACAGAGGAGAUAUAGAGCUUUGGAUCUCAGGAGUAAGAUGUGCCAAGCAGCCAUGUGGCUGGCCACUACACCAACCAGAGGGAUGGCCACUGCCAGCCUCUCUUUUGAGACUGUUUUGUCAGAGGAGAACAAGAACAAUUUGAAGAUGCGCCUGGCCAAGACAAAGAGUCCUCGGGUGCGGGACCUGAAGGGCAGCAAGCCGAGAGCAGCUGUCUUGGUGCCUCUGUGUCAUGUAGAGGGAGAGUUGAGUCUGCUGUACACACUGCGUUGCCUCUCCCUGGGUGACCAUGCUGGUGAAAUGUGCUUUCCAGGGGGCAAGGUGGACCCAGAGGACAAGGAUGAGGUGCACACAGCUCUGAGGGAAGCCCAUGAGGAGGUUGGACUAAGGACAGGGGAGAAUGUGGAAGUGCUUGGGACGCUGCCUCCUGUACCAAGCCGUGCCGAGGGUACCCAUGUGGUCGGGGUGCUGGCCUAUGUGGGGCACCUGGACCCUGCUGCCCUCACCCUUAGCCCUGGAGAGGUGGAGGCUAUCAUAGUUGCCUCCCUUAGGAACCUUUGCCAUCCUGUCUUUGUGCGUCAGACUCAAUUUCGUUCUACCAAAUUUCCCCCUGGGUACACCCUUCCAGUGUUCUUGGGCACUGAGCCCCGGGUGUGGGGCCUCACAGCCAUCCUCACCCACAUGACCCUUACUGCGCUCCUGCCGGGCCUCUACUCUCACCGCCUGAGGCUUAUACCACCACUAAAAGCCUGAGAAAGAAGAGGAAAAGGAGAGCAGUUUGCUCUGAGACUUUUAUAGG